AUGAACUUCAGUAACCCGGUCUUUUUAGAAGCAUUUUUUCUCUGCGGCGGUAGGAAAUCAGCCCAUCACUGGCUGCGUCUACAGCCCAGCCUCCUCUCUCAUUGGACUGCACCUCACAGCCAAACUGUCAGCCCAUGUGGCGUGGCCACCGAGGAUGUCAGACAUUUAAAUGAAACAGACACAGGGACCCAGAAGGGCGAGAGCAUAAACCCGGUGUCUAUGCGUGGCAGCAAGACUGGCGUCUACAUUGGAGUAAGUGGCUCAGAGGCAGGAGAGGCCUUCAGUAAAGACCCAGAGGAGCUGCUGGGAUACAGCAUGACAGGAUGCCAGCGGGCCAUGUUUGCCAACCGCUUGUCUUACUACUUUGAUUUCAAUGGUCCGAGUACAGCCAUUGACACAGCAUGCUCAUCUAGUCUGCUGGCUCUGGAGAAUGCCUUCAAUGCUAUUCGCCAUGGCCAAUGUGAUGCAGCUCUUGUGGGCGGAGUCAACCUGCUGCUCAAGCCCAACACCUCAGUGCAGUUCAUGAAACUGGGCAUGCUCAGUCCUGAAGGAACAUGCAAGUCAUUUGAUGCCUCAGGAAAUGGCUAUUGUCGCUCAGAGGCUGCUGUCGCAGUACUCUUGACCAAGAAGUCAAUGGCCAAGAGAAUCUACGCCACAGUUCUCAACACAGGCAGUAACACGGACGGCUACAAAGAGCAAGGGGUGACAUUCCCAUCAGGUGAGAUGCAGCAGCGCCUGGUCCGUUCCCUUUACCAGGAGGCCAACAUAUCACCUGAGCAGGUGGAGUACAUCGAGGCCCACGGCACCGGUACUAAGGUUGGGGAUCCUCAGGAAGUGAAUGGCAUUGUGAGUGUAUUCUGUCAGUCACAGAGGGAUCCUCUUCUGAUUGGCUCUACCAAAUCCAACAUGGGACACCCAGAGCCUGCCUCUGGAUUGGCGGCUCUUGCCAAGGUGGUUUUGUCUCUGGAACAUGGCGUCUGGGCUCCCAACAUCCAUUUCCACGAUCCAAACCCUGACAUUCCUGCUCUGACAGACGGCCGGGUGCAUGUGGUGUCGGAGCCCAUAACUGUCCGUGGUGGCAUCGUGGGCAUCAACUCAUUUGGCUUCGGAGGCUCAAAUGUCCAUGUUAUCCUACGUCCACAUGAUAAAAAAACGCUGGCUCAGUCUGCACAACCUUCAGUCCCCAGACUCCUGCAGGCCUCUGGUCGCACUGAGGAGGCGGUCACUUCCCUCCUCAACAACGCCCAGCAGCAUAAGGAUAACCCAAGCUACCUGUCUCUUCUGAAUGAUGUGUCUGGAGUUCCAACGGCAGGCAUGCCGUACAGGGGCUAUGCACUGAUCGGAGCACAGGGAGAGCUUACAGAGGUUCAGCAAGCCCAGCCCACACCCAAACCGCUCUGGUACAUUUGUUCAGGUAUGGGCACACAGUGGGCUGGAAUGGGCCGUACCCUGAUGCAGCUGCCAGAAUUCCGGGAGUCGAUCCUGCGUUCGGAUGUGGCUCUAAAGCACACUGGGUUGUGUGUGUCUCGCUUGCUCAUGGACGCUGAUGAGAGCACUUUUGAAGACACUGUGCAAGCAUUUGUUGGUCUUGCAGCCAUCCAGGUCGCCCAGAUUGACAUGUUGCAGAAGAUGGGUCUUCAGCCUGAUGGGAUCGUGGGCCACUCUGUGGGAGAGCUAGCGUGUGGCUAUGCCGACAGCUCCCUGAGCCACAGUGAGACCAUUCUAGCUGCUUACUGGAGAGGACGCUGUAUUAAAGAAGCCAGCCUGCCCCCGGGGGGCAUGGCUGCAGUGGGCUUAACGUGGGAAGAAUGCAAAGCUCAAUGUCCACAGGGUGUCGUUCCUGCUUGUCACAAUUCUGAGGACACAGUGACCAUCUCAGGCCCUCGGGACUCUGUCAGCAAGUUUGUUGCCCAGCUGAAAGAGAGCGGUGUGUUUGCCAAAGAAGUGCGCAGUGCUGGUGUGGCUUUCCAUUCCUAUUACAUGGCCGCUAUUGCUCCAGCCCUUCUGGCUGCACUGCAGAAGGUAAUAAAGAACCCAAGGCCUCGUUCAGCACGUUGGAUCAGCACGUCCAUCCGGCAGGCAGACUGGGAGAGCCCACUGGCACUCUACUCAUCUGCAGAGUACCAUGUCAAUAACUUGGUCAGUCCUGUCCUCUUUCAGGAGGGACUGAGAUUUGUGCCAGAUAAUGCUGUGGUAGUAGAAAUUGCCCCACAUGCUUUGCUGCAGGCCAUCCUGAAACGGAGCUUAAAACCUACCUGCUCCAUCCUUCCCCUAAUGAAAAGAGGACAUGCCAACAAUCUGGAGUUCUUCCUCUCUCAUGUGGGCAAGAGCUACAUGAAUGGAAUUAACGUGGACAGUAAUAAAUUGUAUCCAGCUGUUGAAUACCCUGUUCCGACUGGGACCCCUCUCAUCUCCCCUCACAUUCAGUGGGAUCAUUCCCAGGUCUGGGACGUGCCCAAGGUGGAGGACUUCCCUGCUGGCUCAGGGGGAUCCACCUCAGCCAUUGUGUACAAUAUUGAUAUGAAUCCAGAGUCUCCUGAUUACUACAUGAUUGGUCAUUGCAUUGAUGGUCGGGUGCUGUACCCGGCCACAGGAUACCUGGUUCUGGCCUGGAGGACUCUGAUGAGAUCUCUUGGUGCAGUCAUGGAGCACACACCUGUUACAUUUGAAGACGUCACCAUCCAUAGAGCCACCAUCCUACCCAAGACAGGGUCUGUCCAGCUUGAGGUGCGACUCAUGCCCGCCACUAACCAUUUUGAGGUGUCGGAGAAUGGAAAUCUGGCCGUCAGUGGUAAGGUGAGUGUCUUGGAGGAUGCUGGACUUGAUGCUUUCCAUGCUGAGCUGAAUAAACCAAUGGCUGUAGACAAGGAAGAUUCUAAACUGCUUUUGAAAGCCGGGGACAUCUACAAAGAGCUGCGUCUGCGUGGAUAUGACUACGGCAAGACUUUCCAGGGGAUCCUGGAGUCUAACAACGCUGGUGACUAUGGAAAGCUUCACUGGACAGGUAACUGGGUGACGUUUCUAGACACCAUGCUGCAAAUGAUCGUAGUGGGGCUGCCUGGACGCAGCUUGAGACUGCCCACUCGCAUACGCUCUGUGUAUGUGGACCCCAAACUUCAUGAGGAGAGGGUAAACGAGUAUGCAGAUGGCCAGAAAGCUGUGGACAUUCAUGUCAACCAUUGCCUUGACAACAUAACAGCUGGAGGAGUUCAGAUCUGUGGGCUUCACACCACCGUAGCACCCCGUCGCCAGCAGCAGCAGACUCCGCCCACUUUGGAGGAGUUUGUCUUUGUUCCCUAUGUGGACUCCGAUUGCCUGAGAACCAAUGAAAAACUUGGAGACCAACUGAGACAUUGCAAAGGUCUAGUACAGCGUCUGCAGAGGAAGCUGGCCAAUCAGGGAGUGAAGAUCUCCAUCCCUGGGUUAGAAGGUGCGACCGAGGGCCAGCUGAUUGGAGCGGAGGUGGAGAAAGGCCUGUUGCGGCUGCUCUCUGUGCUGUGCGGACUGGAGCUGAACGGAAACCUGCGCUCUGAGCUGGAACAGACGGUGGAGAAGGAGAGAGACUGUCUGCUGCAGGACCCUCUGCUCAAUGGCCUGCUGGACUCCCAGGCGCUACGUCACUGCUUGGACACGGCCCUUGAGAACAGCACUCCUGGAAAACUCAAAGUUGUGGAGGCUCUAGCUGCAGACGGUCGUGUGUUUUCUCGAACUGUUGGUCUCCUCAAUAUCCAGCCGAUGUUGCAUCUCGACUACACUGUUUCAGACGUCUCCAUUGACCAGCUUUCUGCACACCAGAGCUCCCUGGAGGAGCAGGGCAUCUCAUCUUCUCAGUGGGACCCUCUUCAGGGCCCAGCAGCGGGUGGUCUGGAUGGGGCUGACCUGGUUGUGUGUAACUGUGCGACAGGGCACACGGCCAACCCUGCACUUCUGAUAGAGAACCUGACUUCAGCUGCGAGAGAAGGCGGUUUUGUUUUGAUCCACACCCUACUGAGAGGAGACACUCUGGGUGAGACGGUAGCCUUCCUCACAUCUCAAAACAACCAGGAGGGUUUGUUGACACAGACUGAAUGGGAGGAGCUCCUCCAAAAGGCCUCUUUAAAUGUGGUCAUGCUGAGAAAGUCUUAUUACGGCUCUGCUCUCUUCCUCUGCCACCGGCGCCCACAGUCCCCUCAGGAUCAACCUAUCCUUAUUUUUGUGGACCCUACUGACUACAAAUGGGUGGAGACUCUAAAGAGUACUUUAGCUGAGUCAUCUGAUAUCCCAGUCUGGCUCAUUGCCACUAAGGGUCAUAAUGGAGUGGUGGGAAUGGUGAACUGCCUCAGACAGGAGCCCGGAGGCAACCGUAUACGGUGUGCAUUUGUUUCUAAUCUUAGUAAAGGCGCUGAAGUCCCCUCCCUUGUUCCUACCCAAAAGGAGAUGAAGGCAUUACUAAAGAAGGAUCUGGUCAUGAACGUGUACCGUGAUGGACAGUGGGGUGUUUUUAGACACCAGUUGUUAACACAAGAUCUUAGCGAGGAGUUGACAGAGCAGGCGUACGUGAAUGUCCUGACUCGCGGUGAUCUCUCAUCACUGAGAUGGAUUGCUUCCCCGCUGCGUCAUUUUGUCCCUUGGUCUGGAGAGAAGAAGGCAUACCUGCAAGAAAUAUUCCCUCAGCUUACGGCAGAAUCUUUUGCUAAUUCUAGAGACGCCUCGUUUGAACAGCAUGUAAUGCUCCAAACUCAAGGCAAAGGAGUUGAUUUGGUAUUAAACUCCCUUGCUGAAGAGAAGCUGCAGGCCAGCUUGCGUUGUUUGGCCAGACAUGGUCGUUUCCUGGAGAUCGGCAAAUAUGACCUUUCCAACAACACACCACUAGGUAUGGCUCUGUUCCUAAAGAACGUGGCCUUCCACGGCAUCCUGCUGGAUGCUUUGUUUGAGGAGGGGAACAGGGAAUGGGAGGAGGUAUCUGAGCUUCUGAAAAAGGGAAUCGCCAGUGGAGUCGUUCAGCCAUUACGUACCACUGUCUUUGAGAGGAACCAGGUGGAGGACGCCUUCCGCUACAUGGCUCAGGGCAAACACAUCGGCAAAGUCCUGCUGCAGGUACGUUCAGAGGAGACAAGCACCACUGUUCCUGCAGCCUCUCCUCUUUCUAUUCCCGCUAUCUGCCGUACCUUCUUCCCUGCCUCUCUCUCGUACAUCAUCACUGGAGGCCUGGGUGGUUUCGGGUUGGAGUUGACCCAAUGGCUCACUGAGAGAGGUGCUCGUAAACUGGUGCUGACGUCACGUUCUGGCAUCCGCAACGGUUAUCAAGCCAAGCGUAUUCGAGAGUGGCAGGCCAUGGGCAUUCAGGUUCUUGUGUCCACCAGUGAUGUCAGCUCCAUGGCAGGGACGGAGCGUCUCAUCACUGAGGCCUGCCGCUUGGGUCCAGUUGGUGGCAUCUUCCACCUUGCCAUGGUCCUUAAAGAUGGCAUGCUGGAGAAUCUGACCCCACAGCACUUCAUUGACGUCAGUAGACCCAAAUACGGUGGAACCAUCCAUCUUGACAGUGUGACUAGGCAGAAGUGCCCAGAACUUCAGCACUUUGUGGUGUUCUCAUCGGUCAGCUGUGGCCGAGGUAACGCUGGCCAGAGCAACUACGGCUUUGCCAACUCCACCAUGGAGCGAGUGUGUGAGCAGCGCCGCCACGACAACCUGCCGGGCUUGGCCAUCCAGUGGGGUGCCAUUGGAGAUGUGGGUGUUGUCUUGGAGACCAUGGGUGGCAAUGAUGCUGUGAUUGGUGGUACGUUGCCCCAACGCAUGUCUUCCUGUUUGGAAGUACUGGAUAGGUUCCUGUGCCAGCAGAGGCCUGUAAUGUCCAGCUUUGUGUUGGCGGAGAAAGUGAUGGUCGCUAAAGGAGAAGGAAGCGGACAGAGGGACCUGGUGGAGGCUGUGGCUCAUAUUCUGGGUGUGCGUGAUGUGAACAGUCUGAAUGCCGAUGCCUCAUUGGCUGAUCUGGGUCUCGAUUCGCUAAUGGGUGUUGAGGUUAGACAGACACUGGAGAGGGACUAUGACAUUGUCAUGGCAAUGAGGGAAAUCCGACAGCUAACCGUUAAUAAGCUACGGGAGCUUUCCAGCCAAUCAGGAGGGAAAGAUGAGUCCCGAAUUGCUCCUGCAAAGCGAUCUGGUGCUCAAGCUCUGCUGGAGUCAGAUCUGAGCCGGAUGCUGGUGAACCCAGACAGCCCCACAGUGGCCCCGCUGAACGAGGUCCAGAGUGCCGAAAGGCCCUUAUUCCUCGUUCACCCCAUCGAGGGCUCUAUUGCUGCCUUCCGCACUCUCACCAGCAAGCUUAGUGUGCCGUGCUAUGGCCUGCAGUGCACCAAAGCCGCUCCUCUAGACAGUAUCCAGAGUCUUGCCACUUAUUACGUGGAGUGCGUGAGGCAGGUGCAGCCAGAGGGGCCGUAUAGCAUCGCUGGUUACUCGUUCGGUGCAUGUGUGGCUUUUGAGAUGUGCUCACAGCUGCAGGCAGCCAAAUGCCCAGUGGAAUACCUCUUCCUGUUUGACGGCUCGCACUCUUACGUGGCAGCUUAUACACAGAGUUACAGAGCCAAACUGACCCCUGGAAAAGAGUCCGAGGCUGAGACUGAAGCUCUGUGUGCUUUUAUCCAACAGUUCACUGGCAUUGAGUACAACAAGCUGUUGGAGACAUUGUUACCUCUGUCAGACCUGGAGGCUCGUGUGAACAAGGCUGUUGAUCUGAUCACAUCCAGCCAUAAAAAUGUCAGCCGAGAUAUGCUCUAUUUUGCUGCUUCUACAUUUUACCACAAACUGAAGGCCGCCGACCGCUAUGUUCCAACUUCCAAGUAUCACGGCAAUGUCACCCUGCUGAGAGCCAAGGCCAGCAGCGAGUACGGUGAUGGUUUAGGAUCUGACUACAAACUGCACGAGGUGUGUGAUGGGAAGGUGUCAGUUCAUGUGAUCGAGGGAGACCAUCGGACCUUCCUAGAGGGAGAGGGAGUGGUGUCCAUCUCAGGCAUCAUCCACAGCUCACUGGCUGAACCCAGAGUCGGCACCAGAGAGGGCUGAACCUUUCUGGCAAACAUCUUUUACUUCUUUUUUUUCACCCUUACUCUGUUGUUUCACCUGACGAACCAAAACUGUGUCCUGGCGUAUUAAAGCAUGCACGUUUGUGAUUUCUUCGUACCUCUCACCCACAUGACAGCCUUUUCCUUCUCAUCUUUCUCAUUCUCUUGACAUCUUAGCUGCUUAUCACCCUUUACUUCUCACUUAAACGUUUAUAUUCCACGCUGGGAACAAAAGCGCAUGUCUGUUUACUUGCUUUAUCGUUUAAGAUUCAAUCAGCUAUUCAUUGUCUUCUAUAAAUCAUCAUACGUUGCUGUGAAAACUAAAAUAUCACUGAUUUCUAGCAUGGGUGCGUAGUUAAGUGCCAUUUACCCUAAGUAGUGCCUAGAUGUAGUGAUCACUGACCCUGUCUAACCUGCGUAAGUCUGCUAAAGGUUCUGUCAAAACUGCAUUCAUGUUCGUACGUAUUUCUAUAUCCAACCUAAUGAUGCGGACUGCAAGUCAAGGCCUCGCUGUAUUCGAAUCCACAUAUUAGACAUCAGGAAUCUAGUUACGCACAUAGCUGAGAUUGUUGUUUACCAAUUGUGAGUGGUUACUGAUGCUUUAGCAGUACUAGUUAAAAUCGCCUAUGUUUACUGUAGCAUUGUUUUUCUGCUCUGAAUGAUAUUUGCUGGUUCUCUUGUUGUUGCUGAACAUCCAAAAUUAUGCUGCAAUAAUUGUGCAAUUGAUGUGUAUUUACAAGGGAAGAUAUGUAUGAAAAGAACAUUCCUGGAUGAGAGUAACCAUUAUGAGAUCUGGUUAAUUGAUUUCUUAUUAAUGUUUACGUUGAAGUUAGGAGUUAAUUAUGGAAUAUUUGUUACUUAAAAAAAUACAUAUUGUCUAACUAUUGCACAAGCUAAAAACAAAAUGCAAAUAUGACACUGAUGUGAAAUGCUUGGCAAUCCAGAGUGAAUCAUCAAGCGGCUUCGCUGCUUAACUGUAGACCAAUAACUGGAGUAUUAAUAUUGUAUUGACGUUUCUAAUCCUCUUUUUGAGGACUUGUUCCAGGUGUCUCUCAGAUGUAUAUGUUCUCCCAAAAUGAUCUGUAAUUAAUUGACUGCUUUAGUACUUAAGGCAUUAGUUGUAGUAAAUUUUUGUGGCUAGGUCCACAUUAAACACAAACUCAGUUCAUACAGUGCAAAUCAUAUUUUAGUCUAAAUCUUGUCAGAAUGAAGUGUUAUUUGGUGUAGGAGUGAAAUUGGGGAUGAAUGACUUUAUCUUUCUGUCACAACAGAGGAAGGUCUCCUGUUAGAAAGCAAAUCACUACACAUUUCUGAGACUUAAGUGUUCAAGUCGGUGACGAAUUGUGAUUUCUUUCGAUGUUUAGAGCUAUAGUGUUUGUUUUUCUAUUAUUGAAUUAUUUUUCUUUUACUGUCAUUUUUCCAGUAUUUAUUGUACUAGUCCAAUAAAAAAAGCUAUUACUAACAUAACA